AUGGCCAUCGCAGUUGAGCAGGUCGACACUCGCUGGCCCUAUCGGGCAGGGUAUCCCCGUCUUCUUCGACCUGAGAUUAUCAACGCAGACGACGAGGAAGAAGCCAGCCCGAUUUAUAAAUCCGAGUACAAGGAACUGGAAUCUCGUAUCGACACGAUUAUCGGUACUUACAACAUCCCUAAAGGAUCACAUCCUCCUGAAGUAUGUCUUCGAGCACAGAAAUUCGGCAUGUCUAAGCUAUGGCGCGUCCUAGUGGACUGUACCUACGAGAAGGGGAAAAGCGACAGUAAAAUGUGGGCAAAAGCCGUGACUGAAAUCCACACAGCAGCAAAGGAGGUAGCCAAAGAAGGGAGAGAGGUUGGUGUUGAGCUCUGUGAUAGGGCAUUUGAGCGCAGUUCUCAUAUCUGUACGCCUCCUGAUUCUAGUAGUCUGGAGGCAAACUGGGACGUGGGACGAGAUUAUUGCCACCAGAUUCUUCAAUUAUUCGAGAAUCGCCCUACCAUGUUCCAGAUUAUGACUCCCGUCGGCCGAUGCUCACGGGGUUGGCAUGAAUAUGAAUGGACGACAGUUGUUCUAUUCGAGGCGAUAGAUGCUGAGGACGUUGCAUGGGAUUUCCUAGAAGAACGAAUGCGCGCUCUACUACCAGAUGAUAUCGGUAUUGAAAUCCGCCAGCGAGCGAACCCACUGUUCUGUUUUGAUGGUGCUCCUGGAAUUAUCGCUUACCGACAGCUGGACCUCAAAGCAUAUGUGAGACCUCCUAAGCCCGGGUGCGAAUUCAGUCAACAUAACCAAAAUACAAGAGCAGGAACCAUGGGUGGCUACAUCGUCACAGAGGCAGCCGAUACCAAGAUGAGAACGACUUUUGGAGUGACGAACGCGCAUGUGGCGCUAGGAAGCUACAAAGAAAUGUCUCUCAACACAUCAGCCGAUUAUGACAUCAACUUUCAAUCGCCGAGUGGAAGCCGUCGCAUAAAACAUGAAACUGUACUGCUCAAUGAAAUCGCGAAAGCCGAAAGCAGAAUCCAGACUCAGCAUGAGAUUAUCGAAUCGAUCCAAGAACAAGACCCUGUUCUCUUUCAGCGCUUAGGAAAAUCUCUAUCAAUCAAUCAGGCAAAUCUUGCUUUCCUGAAAAAGGACCUCCAAUUAGUUCAAAGCGAUCUCCAUAUUGGAUCAGUAUACAAGGUGAAACUCGGCCAUAGUGAGUACAAAACAACCGCAGGACAGACAGAGAGACUUGUGAUGGAUCUUGCCUUGCUCAAAAUAAAACCAGACUGUUUAGCACAUGAAAAACCUCACGAGAUCCAUUGGAAGGAGAACUUUGAAGACCCGAUAAUCGAAAAGGAUACAACAUGUCACUUUUGGGAGGUUGACUCACUGGGGGAGCAUAUCAAAGUCGUUUCAAGACUAUCCCGGUCAGGAUCAUACACAAUGGGCACUGUGAGCAAUUUCCAAGCCUACUGUGUAGAACAUGAAGAGGAGGGCCGCUCAGGAGAAUUCAAGGGAUUCGCCUGGGUGAUUACCUGCCCUCGGAGGCAUGGCAAUCCCGAUGAGCCGGAUGCACGGAGGCCGUUUGCCGCACCUGGGGAUUCCGGUUCGUUCGUCAUUGCCGCUGCAGAUUGGAAGUAUGAUGGAAAGGAGAACAAGAUAACCAUGCUACCUUCAAGGGAGGCUGCGGUGACCAAUGAUCCGUCACAACAUCCAUUCACUGUCGGUCUACUUUUUGGCGCAUCUGAUUCGUCGGACAUAGCAUUAUUCAUUCCAUUCGAUGCUGUGAAAUCAGAAAUUGAAUCCAUGACAGGGGAAAAAUUAGUAUGGCCACAAAAACGCACGGCGUCCCUUAAGGAGGCGAAAGCGAGCUUGCCCUCUUGGAUGAAGGAUGGACAAGAUAAUUUAUGUGGAUGA